AUGGCAACCCUCGACCAGGAACCUGGCUCGCCGGACAACAAAAGCUUGAACAACCUUUUUGGUGCAUUUGGUGCCCUCCUUGGAUACAUUGGGGCAGAGGCGACGACGGUACUAUCAUUUGAGCGGCUUCUAUGGCCCCAGCGCUUCUUAUCCGGCCUUACAAUCCGCUCGGCACCCCAGCUGGCGCUCCUCCAUCCCAUGGGAGGGCCGCUACACACGGUGGCAUUAAAGACUAUGGACACCAUGUUUCAACACGGCCUACUUGAAGGCUCCUACCAAGGACAUAUGCUGGGGACCUCUUUUAUGCCGGAAUUAGGAUGGUCAUAUGUCGUGCACAAUGAUGCUGCGCCUACGUCGCGCACUGCGCCUCUCCGGAACUGUAUUUGGGCUCGCGCCUUUACUUACAUAGGCGUCCGGGCUAUGCGAGACAAAAAUUAUAUUCAGGGCUCCGAAAUGGGUGAACCUACACGCCCUAUUCGCGCCCAGGUCAUCGUUGGCCAUUUAACCCUCUCUAAAGCCACACCAGCUGAUAUAUCAUCUAAGCUCCCUUUCGUGGCGGAAAGUGUUAACGGUCCUUCGCUACGCAUUUUCCUAGGCCUCGCUCUCGCUGAGAUAUCAGGGAUUAGUGUCACCAUCAUCCUACUUUCCAUCUAUCAAACCGCAUGGGCUCUCCUCUGGCUCGCUCCGCUCUUCUUACGCUUUGUUAGCGCAUCCUUCUCCCUUCGCCGGGAACCGCUUAUAUCAUUUCCCUCUCAUGUGGCGAAUGACCCAGUCAGCGACUUUGAAGUCCGCUACCCACAAUCUGACGGCAACUUCCUACUUAUCACCGGGCCGCCAGCUCUUGUCCUCCAGUUUACACGCCACUACGGCCACCCGGUCCGAAGCCACUUUAGAGAGAUCAUCCAACUAGCUAUUGUUAUAGGAUUUGGCUCCCUCUUUCCGAUUGGCCUAUUCUGUUCAACACUAUGGAUGCCCCUCCCUGUGCAGUAUGCUUGGUUAGGCUACCAGAUAUUUGCCGUUCUCGUCACACUUGUGGCUCGCUACUCGCAUGCUGCUCGGGUAACGACCACCGAGUCCCACAUUGCGCAGCUUCUCGGACAGGAGGCUUGCGAGCAGGAGCAAACUUUGCUCUUUGGCUAUGCACGAAAUGACCCUGGCACUAUCAAGGCUAGCCUUUCCAUAACAUACCACGCGAGAUACCUGGAUGGGAAGGAACACAUUGCGAGGCUGCUAAUCCGUUCAAAACUGGAGACUUCGUCUGACCCAGGUCCCGCCCUCACAAUACCGGCCUCUUGA